AUGUGCAGGAACCAGCCCGUGCAACAGUCAGGUGAGUCUCAUGGGUUUUACGUGGAACUCCGCCUCCCUCCCCCCCUGCCGCGCGAAGAGAGUGCCAAGGUGCCCUCGUCCCCCCCGGGGCGGCCGAGGCAGCAGCAGGUGUCUCGUCUGCGCGUCGUGGUCCUGGGAGCCGAGGGCGUCGGCAAGUCGGCUCUGACGGUGCGGUACCUCACCCGCCGGUACAUCAGCGAGUACCGUCGAUCCAUCGAUCUGCUGUACCGUCACACAGUAUGUCUUGAUGACGUCACUUCCGAGGUGGAGAUCCUUGACGUGUCCUUCCGAGAUAGCGAGUACGAGAGCGUCUCUCCCGCGCACACCCGUUGGGGCGAAGGCUUCGUGGUCGUCUAUUCGGUGGACGACCUUAUGUCCUUCCACGAGGCGCGAGUGAUCCUGGACGGCCUGCAGAGGCUGAAGGCGCCGCUCUACGUGCCCGUCAUCCUGCUGGCCAACAAGAGGGACCUCGACCCCGGCAGACAGGUCUCGGUGGAGGAGGGCAGGCGCUGUCCCUGCAACACGGGUGCCAGUUCUACGAGGUGAGUGCCGCCGAGAGCCACGUAGGCGUCACUCUGGCAUUCCAGGCACUGCUCAGGGAGACCCGGUCACUGCAGAUGACCCGCCCGACGCCCCGACAGCGCCGACUCUCCAUCGUGGCCGUCUCCAGGAUCAUUGGCUCCUUAAUUGGCAGAGGAACCGACCCACCCUCGCCCACCCUCAGACCCACCGUCGUCGUCCAGGAACCAGCGGGGAAGCGCGCCCUCAGAAGGAAGGACAAGAAACGACCUUCUUUAAGUCUCUGAGAAGUCGGGGGGAAUGGUGACCUUUUUUGAGAUUUUGAGAGGUCGGGGAAAUAGUGACCUUUUUCAAGCCACCGAGAGGUCGAGGAAAUAACGACCUUUUUCAAGUCGAGAAAAUAACGACCUUUUUCAAGUCGAGAAAAUAACGACCUUUUUCAAGUCGAGAAAAUAACGACCUUUCUCAAGUCGAGAAAAUAACGACCUUUUUCAAGUCGAGAAAAUAACGACCUUUUUCAAGUCGAGAAAUAACGACCUUUUCAAGUCGAGAAAAUAACGACCUUUU